UCCUCAAAUAGUAAGGGCGAAUAUGCAACGAUAAUUCGCUGUACAAAUUUUGGGUUAUGUUCCAAUAUUUAAUUAUUUACUGCCAGUACUCAAAGUCAAAAUCGAAAGAAAAGUUGAAACACAAACAUAAUCAUGGUAUUGAUAAAGUUGUUCAGAACUUUGAUUAAAACUCAGAAAAUGCAAAUCUACAAGCAUUGGGGAUCAAGUGUAGUUGGCUGCAAAAUGAAUAGUACGUAUAAUGAAGCUAUCGAUGAGGAUUUGUUCUCUUUAGAAAAUAAGGAGAAAAUACUCAAAGUAAUAAAUUCCAAAAACGUGGAAGAUCUUUUGCAGUAUUCCAUUACCAAGAAGCGUGCACAGACUUUGGAAUCACAUCGUGCAGAUAGCGGUCCAUAUAAAUCGCUAGAAGAGUUAUUGCAAGUAAAGGGUAUGAAUAACAAGUGCCUGUACAAAUUUUACAAAUCGAUUAUUUAUGGCAAGAAACGGUCAGAGUCAAAAAAAAUUACGCGUGGUUUGUUCCUAACACCGAAAACUACUGGUGAUGAACACAAGGAUGUCAACACCGUGUUAGGCAUAUACAUUGGACCAGACAUGAUAAGUUGGUUGUUAUUAAAUCGCGAUUGCGAAGUGUUAAAGUGGAGCUACAAGUCCUUUUCACAGGAAAAGGAUAAAUUAAAACUCAACCUUCACUCUUUACUGCAAAUGACCUUACCAAUUGCUGCACAAUUACCGAAAGCUGAUCGAUACAUUAUGCAAGAAACUAAUAAAGUAGGCCGGAAAUUUUAUCAAGCAAAUGUGAGGGAGUGUGUAAUAAACGCCAUCAUUCUAUCGUACCUAACAACGCUGAAUUGUAGAUUUGACAACAGCGCAGAGUUUGCGAUGAACAACAUCUUCAUAUUUCGUCAGCGUACUUUACAAAAGAUCUACGGUCUCAUGGUCGACCACGAAAUUAUAUCUACGCAGUAUGUAGUGCAAAAGUUUUUGCAAGAGAGUGACAAAGUGACGAAGGGAGUCGAGGAGCACUUGCCGAGCGUGUUGAUAAGGACAGAAUUGAGAAAGAUGUACAACGCACAGAGUCCUAUCUAUCAAGAGCAAAUCAGUUGGUCUUUAUUAAUAGCGUUAGCUUUCAUGGAAUUAAUUGUACACCAAAGAACCGACAUGAUCGUUCGCAACGCUAAAUAGACUGUAAAAUAUGUAUCUUAUUGUUAUUCGUUAAUCUAGUGAUGCCAACGGAAUGAUAAUUAUAAUGAGAUAAUGUUAUGGACACGUAACUUCAUAUCGUUAAUUGAAUUCGAGUGAUGCGGCACAUUAACAGCUGGGAACGUAAAGCAGUUUUUUGUUAAUUACGAAUCGGAAAGUCGGAGGGAAGAAGAAAUUCGAAAUCAUCGGUUACAUUCACACAGUAAUUGGGGAAAAAGGGAGGUUCUGUGCAGCACACAACCAAGUGACCGAUUUAAAUUCUCGAAUACAAUUACUUGAAAAUAAUGCAACAAUUUCGUAACUUCGUUAUCCAAUAAAAAUUACCGCAAACAGUUUCUCGUAAUCCA